AUGCCUCCAAGGUCCUCUGCAGCAAACUUGUGUCACAGUCUCACUUGCAGUCUAACUCGCCCUUAUCCUGAUUUGUUGUUACGUACGAUCGUGACUCGUCCUAGCCCCGUCCGAUCCCAAUCGUCUCCGAAUUCCUCCGUUCAUUGGCGCUCUUUCUCCCACUCCGCUCCUACUUUCACCACGAUCAUGACUCAGAUCGAACGCAUUACAGAGAAUCUUCAGAAGCCGGAGCUUGAUGAUCGUUCGUACAGGGUGAUUCGUUUGCCGAACAAGCUUGAAGCACUGCUAGUCCACGAUCCCGAUACCGAUAAAGCCAGUGCCGCCGUCAAUGUCAAUGUGGGCAACUUCUCCGAUGAGGAUGACAUGCCAGGGAUGGCUCAUGCCGUAGAGCAUUUGUUGUUUAUGGGCACAAAAAAGUACCCCAAGGAAAAUGCAUACAACCAGUACCUAGCAUCCCACUCUGGUUCUUCCAAUGCUUACACAGCUGCCACCGAGACGAACUACUUCUUUGAAGUCGCCGCAACGGGCGAUUCUAGUGCCCCGAAGACCGAUGGAGAUAGCACCCCCGCCGAGGCAACAAAUGGUAACAAUGGUGUUCUGUCAAAUGGGUCAGAGAGCAAGUCGCCUUUGUAUGGUGCCUUGGAUCGAUUUGCCCAGUUUUUCGUCUCCCCACUGUUCUUAGAGUCUACCCUAGAGCGUGAGCUGCAGGCGGUGGAUUCGGAGAAUAAAAAGAACCUCCAGAGUGACCUGUGGCGGUUGAUGCAACUGAACAAGUCUCUCUCGAACCCUAAACAUCCCUACAGUCACUUCUCAACUGGUAAUCUGCAGACUUUGAAGGAAGAUCCGCAAAAGCGUGGUCUGGAAGUCCGCAGUGAGUUCAUUCGUUUCUAUGAGAAGCACUACUCAGCCAACCGUGCGAAGCUUGUUGUUCUUGGGCGUGAAUCCCUGGACACCCUGGAGCAGUGGGUUUCCGAGCUGUUCUCUGAUGUUGAGAACAAGAACCUUGCCCAGAACCGCUGGGAUGAUGUCCAGCCCUUCACCGAGAAGGAUAUGUGCACCCAGGUGUUUGUGAAGCCCGUGAUGGACACUCGCUCCAUGGAUUUAUACUUCCCCUUCCUUGACGAGGAGGAUUUGCACGACACCCAGCCCAGCCGGUAUAUCAGUCACCUGAUUGGCCACGAGGGCCCAGGUAGUGUCCUCUCCUACCUCAAGGCGAAGGGCUGGGCCAACGGCCUUUCUGCAGGCGCUAUGCCCAUUUGUGCUGGAGCAGCGUUCUUCACGGUCUCCGUGCGCCUGACUCCCGAGGGACUGAAUAAGUACCAGGAAGUUGCUAAUGUUGUUUUCGAAUAUAUUGCGAUGAUCCAGCAGCGUGAGCCUGAACAAUGGAUCUUCGAUGAGAUGAAGAAUCUCGCCGAGGUGGACUUCCGUUUCAAGCAGAAGACCCCGGCCAGUCGCUUCACCAGCCGCCUGAGCAGUGUGAUGCAGAAGUCACUGCCCAGCGAAUGGCUGCUGAGUGGGUCUCUACUGCGACGAUUUGAUCCCGAUCUGAUCAAGAAGGCUCUCAGCUACCUCCGAGCGGACAACUUCCGUCUUGUGAUUGUGUCACAGGAAUUCCCAGGUACUUGGGACCAGAAGGAGAAGUGGUAUGGCACCGAAUACAAGGUCGAGAAGAUCCCUCAGCAAUUCUUGGGUAGUCUUCAGAAGGCUUUGGAGUCGACUGAAGCUUCCCGUACUUCCAACGUGCACCUUCCUCACCACAACGAGUUCGUGCCUACCCGACUUUCCGUGGAAAAGAAGGAAGUCGCCGAGCCGAGCAAAACCCCUAAGCUGAUCCGCCAUGACGAUCGUGUGCGUCUGUGGUUCAAGAAGGAUGAUCGCUUCUGGGUACCCAAGGCCACUCUUGAGGUCACCCUUCGUAACCCUCUGGUUUGGGCUACCCCUAACAACCUCAUCAAGACCAAGCUAUACAGCGAGUUGGUGAGAGACUCGUUGGAUGAGUACUCCUACGAUGCUGAGCUUGCUGGUCUUGACUACCAUCUAUCAGCCAAUAUCUUGGGUUUGGAUAUCUCUGUCAGUGGAUACAAUGACAAGAUGUCGCUCCUCCUGGACAAGGUUCUCAACACUAUGCGUGGACUGCAGGUCAACAAGGACCGCUUUAACAUCAUCAAAGAGCGUCUGACGCGGGCCUUUCGUAACGCCGAGUACCAACAGCCUUACUACCAGGUCGGCGACUACACUCGAUACCUCCUUGCCGAGCGCAGCUGGGUCAACGAGCAGUACCUCGAGGAACUGGAGCACGUUGAAUGCGAGGAUGUGGUCAACUUCUUCCCUCAGCUGAUUGAACAGACCCACAUUGAAGUUCUAGCUCAUGGAAAUCUGUACAAGGAGGAUGCCCUGCGCAUGACGGAUUCCAUCGAGAAGAUCUUGGAAGGCCGCCCUCUUCCCCAGUCGCAGUGGUAUUUGCGCCGCAACAUGACCCUGCCUCCCGGUACCAACUUCACAUACCCCCGUUCCCUCAAGGAUCCAGCCAACGUCAACCACUGUAUCGAGUACUAUCUGUACAUCGGACUUUUCUCUGAUGAAUCUCUGCGUUCGAAGCUCCAGCUGUUUGCCCAGAUGACCGACGAACCCGCAUUCGACCAGCUGCGCAGCAAGGAGCAGCUCGGUUACGUGGUUUGGAGUGGCGCGCGUUACAACGCCACUACUCUGGGCUACCGAGUUAUCAUCCAGAGUGAGCGCACUGCCCAGUACCUUGAGUCUCGCAUUGAAUCCUUCCUCCGUGAGUUUGGACCUAUUCUCGAGAACAUGCCUGAGGAAGAAUUCGAUGGCCACAAGCGCAGUGUUGUGAACAAGCGUUUGGAAAAGCUCAAGAACCUGAGCUCCGAGACUGGUCGUUACUGGUCGCAUGUUGGAUCUGAGUACUUCGAUUUCCUGCAACAUGAAACCGAUGCCGCCAACGUGCGCAGUCUUUCUAAGGCUGACCUCGUUGCUUUCUACCGUCAAUAUAUCGAUCCCUCUUCCGCCACGCGCGCCAAGCUCGCCAUCCACCUGAACGCCCAGGCUGGUGAACAAGUCGAUGCGCAACCAUCUGAGCAGCGCAGCCGCCUUGUCGCCGCGCUGAACAAGCAGUUAGCAACCGCCGGUGUCUCUGUUGACGCCACUCGAUUCGCCUCCGCGUUCGAAGAGGUUGAGACCAAGGUCGUUGACAAGUCCCAGGUCUUGUUUGUUGUGAAGAACUUCCUCGCCAGCGAACAGAGUCUGUCGCAGAAGCAGAUUGAGCCCGUCCUCGAGAAGCUCGGCCAGACCAUCAGUCUUCAACUCACGGAGCUGGGACUUGGCUCUAAUGUCGAUGAGAAGGAUGCUGCCAACGGCAGCGUGCCCAAGGCAAUCUUCAUCACCGAUGUCCCUACUUUCAAGGCUAGUCUGCCAGUCAGCACUGGUCCCAUUCCUGUCACUGAUCUGUCAGAGUAUGAGGAUUUUGAUGCCAAACUUUGA